AUGAUUGAGCUGGGGUUGUCGAGAAUCCAGAGAUUGUUGCAGAAGACGCCCCAGACAUGGAAGGCUAUCCACGUAGCUGGCACAAACGGAAAGGGCUCGAUUUGUGCCUACCUGACUGCCAUGCUACGGGCCAAUAACAUCACCUGUGCCAAGUUCACCUCGCCUCAUUUGAUAGAUCGAUGGGACUGCAUUUCCAUCAACGACCAGGCCGUGUCUGAAACCAGGUUUCGGCACUUUGAAGACUUGGUCAAGAAAAGAAACGAGGAGUGGCAGGUUGGUGCAAGCGAGUUCGAAUUGCUUACGGCCACUGCUUUUGAGAUCUUCGAGGCAGAACAGGUGCGGGUGGGUGUCGUUGAAGUUGGCAUGGGAGGGAGGCUUGAUGCGACCAACAUGUUGAAGCAGAAAAGUGUCACAAUCAUUUCCAAGAUUGGUCUCGAUCACCAGUCCUUCCUGGGAAACACUCUCUCAGAGAUAGCGUUGCAGAAGGCCGGCAUUAUGCGACAAGGUGUCCUUUGUGUUGCCGAUGCAAGCAAUCCUACCUCCGUUCUUGAGGUGCUUGAAGCUCAUAGCAAAGAGGUCGGGGCCAACCUCAAAAUCGUGUCCCCAGAGUCCAGCCCUCUUGCGCAGUCGUUACAAAAUGACCUCGAGCCUCACCAGGUUCAGAACCUCGCACUCGCUGACGAGGGUUUUCGCCUGGCUUUUCCACACCUCACGCGAACCGCAGAAUCUCUGUCACCAGCGAUCAGAAACGUGUCAUGGCCAGGGCGGCUACAAAACCUGAGCAUAGAGGCCAUAACAGGUCGUCAAGAGCAGGUUCUCUUAGACGGAGCGCACAACCCCCAAUCGGCCGAGGUUUUGGCUCAGUUUGUCCAGAAACGCUGGAGAAAAGAUGGGCCAGCACAGUCAGUGACUUGGGUCCUUGCAGCAUCACAGGGCAAAGAUCUGACGGAAAUUAUCAAGACACUCAUACAGCCCCAAGAUCGUGCUGCUGCGGUGGAGUUUGGCCCUGUCGACGGUAUGCCCUGGGUAAAGCCAAUGGAAGCGGGACAUGUCCUGAAUAUGGUUCAAUUCGAAAACCCUUCAGACCUGCAUAACUCUGGGCCAGACUUGCGGGACGCUCUGCAAUGGGCAUCUCAAGUCUCGAACAAAGGACCAAUUGUGAUUGCCGGCAGCUUAUACCUAGUCUCUGAUGUUCUGAGGUUAUUGCGCAAGCAGUCUGACAUCUGA